UAUCUCUGCGAGCGUUGACUGUCAGGAGAUGAGGAUGAAGAAGAAAUCGAGAAGGGGUUAGAGAGGUGUCGAUCAAGGCCCUCAAGAAGUGGUCAACCACGAGCCCUGCAUCAUCCACCGCGACCUCAACUGCUCCAAUCUGUUCAUCAAUGGCAACCUCGGCCAGCGAGUGCGACAGCGUCGCCAAAAUCUACCGGAAGGCGACGUCCGGCGUGCGGCCACAAUCCUUGGACAAGAUCAAAGACCCCGACGUCAGGGCCUUCAUCGAGUGGAGUCCCGCCAAACCCCGGGUUCGCCCUUCCGCCUCUGACCGCUCCUGGCCGACCGCUUCUUCCUCGGCCUCGAUGAUGACGACGACUCCGACGCCCCUGUCACGCUUCAACCACCUCCGCCUCAGCGCCACCCUCGGCCAAGCUCAUCCGCGGUCGCCGCCGACAUCGUUCGCCGGCAGAUUGCAUGACGGCGCGUACUAACUGAAGGAGAACAUGGUCGCCGGCAGCUGGAUAUGCAUCGGCGUGCUUGAAUAAUUUUUUUUUCCAG